ACUGUAAGGCGAUGACAGUGGUGUUGACCAACUGUGGCCCUAUGAGGGGAUUCAUCUGAUGCAUGUACGCCAGCAGCCAGCUGUAGGGAAGCACAGCGAGGGGGGACGCGUCACGCCGAGUGUGUACCGUUGGUGAGGUGCACUGUGGACAUCUGGCCCGGGGACGGACGGGGACAGGGAGUCUGGGAGGAGUGCCUGUUGAUGCGGGACUGUGGCAGGCGUUCAAACUUCAAACUAAUUAAUCGUGUGAAUUGUUGUCGUGAUGGGGCUGCGGGGACUGCUGGCGGGCACCCUAACACACCCUCUACUCUGAGGCCACUGACACAAUGAAGAGGAACAAGGGCCCCACCAUCUUCGGCUCACCCCCUGAAGGCUGGGGAGAGCAGCCCCUCAAGCCAUUCUCCUUCCUCCUUCCCCCAGGGAACCGCAGUUCCUUCAGGGUGGUCCCAGACACCCCCACCAACACCCCCAAGUCCCUGGCAGACAGUCCUGGGGUGACCAUGGUGCUGGAGACCCCUGAGGCCCUGAUGGGGGAGUCAAGGGUGGUGGACAAUCCUUCAGGUGGUCCUGAGGACGACGUGGACCACACCAGCAGUGCCCUGGGGGUGGUGAAGCUGCGGCGGCGGAACAUGAUGUCCUUCCUGGAGUCUGAUUUCUCACACAAGGAGGACGUGAGCUCGGGACUCUCAGACAAUGAUGCGGCGGGCAGCAGUGCCACACCCAAGCAGCAGUGGCUGUGGUCCAGGGUGGUGCCAGCCCUGGGGACUCCUCAGAGCAGCCGCCGGCGCAAGUCCACCAUGGCCAACAUCAUUGUGCCAUCAGACCUGAAUGAUGAGGACUUCCUGGCCACCAAGCUGAGCCACAUCCAGCAGGAGGAGAAGAGUGCCAGGGCCAGGCGACGAUCCAGUGCCUGCAGCACACCACGGCACCACGGUCCGGCCAACUCCACCCCAGAGGCGACCAAGAGGGACCCACAGCUGGCACCCACGAACACCAGGGCCAGGCCGAGCAGGACGUCUGGCCUGGGGACGUCACGGAGGUCUGAGGUGAUGGACAGGGAGACUAGAGGACGUACCACCACCACCACCACCACUUCAGCGGAAAACUGCAACGCCACGAUUCUGUUCAAUGAUGAAGAUUUACAGUUAACCCCAGUGCACUGUAGAGGACAGCCAAAGAUAGGACCUGAUAGACACACCACCACCACCACCCCCAACACCACUCCUUCACGACCAGGCACCUCAGAGGACACAGAAGUUACAGAGGACACUUUGAGGCGCCUACAAACACGCAAGAGUCCUCUCCUGCAGCUGAGGAAAUUCAGCACAGUGGCGACACAGAAGAUGGUGGAGGAACUGAAGAACACGCCACAGAGGACUAGGAGAGGAGAGGGGCUGGCGGAGAGGCUGGGAGGGGCUGAGUGUCAUCCCCUGGUCCUUCACUCAACGCCACAGAGAAAAGACAGGGCUGGUUCAACUGAUUCUUCUGGUUCUGGUGGUGGUGCUAGCCUGCCGUCACCUGCGAAGGACCCCAGUUGUGUUCUGAAGGGUGUGGUGGCGUAUGUGGAGGUGCGUGUGGAUGGGGAGAACAGAUCGGCUGUCAUCAAGGAGCAGUUGGGGGCUUUGGGGGCUAAGGUGGAGACACGGCUCACUCAAAACACCACCCAUGUUAUAUUUAGGGAUGGGUCAAAGGCAGCGUUCCUCCGAGCCAGGGACCGUGGGCUGCACAUCCUGUCUACGCUAUGGGUGGAGGCGUGCAGGGUGUCACUCAGCCGGGCUCCGGAGACCAACUAUCCAAGUACCUCCAUGGAAACUUACUCGUCGGACAUCCAUAUCCCUAAGAAGUUCAAGGAUGUCAACUCCCCUCUGUACAGCAUCAGACACCUCCUCUCCCCUCACUUGAAGGAGAGCUCUGUGUCGUGUGAGGAAGAGGAAGAUGAGGAUGGCAUUUGCACCCCGCUGGCCAAGAGACUCUUUAAAAAGUUAAUGUCCCGUCAGGAGGGCGGCCGGGGGAAGGGGACUAGCCAGGAGUCUGUGGCGGAGGACAGUGCAUUGGGGAGUGGAGGAGGAGAGGCACGUGGGGCAGGGAGCACCUCGGACAACCAGAGUGAACCCCAGGAGAGCUUAAAGUUACGCCUGGAGGACAGUGACUCAUUCUCCAGGCGGACCAGCUCGGAGGUGGUGAGUGAGGGUGACAUGUCGUUGCCCCGGAGACUCAGCUUGGAAGGUGAUUCACUGCCUAGGCGACUCACGGAGGCACCCGAUGAGUCAGCCGCAGUGGGGAGGUCUGGAAUGAGUCACGGCGAGUCAGUACAGUCACUACCGGUACGACUCUGUAGAAAUUCAUCGGAAGUGAGUCAGGAUGAGUUUGCUUUGCCCAGAAGGUUUGCCACCAGUUGUACAGUGAGUGAGGGGCAAGGUGGGGCCAUGGAGAGCAGUGGUGGAGGUAGUGGUGGUGGUGGUGGUGGAUUAGCAGACUCAGACAGUAGUGGAGGUGUGGUGGAGGCUCCAGUUGUGGCAGAGCCUUGCAUCCUUACCAAUGGAAAACAACACACACAGAAAGACAAACGGUACCAAAACAAACCUUAUCGACGAAACCAGAGGCAAGAACAAGAUGAGACAAACCACACCAUUAGAAACCACACCAGAAUACCACAAAAGACCACCACCACCACCACCACCAACACCAAGAGGGCCUUAGAGGAAGACAAUGACAUACCAGCAUCACAAAUACCCUUCACUAACACACAGAGGACUCGUCGCCGCCUGAUGGACCUGGAGGAAGAGAUAACACCCACGCAGGACCUCAUCACCCCUGCUACACCUACAAACAAACGUACAGGGCCCUACCAUCACCUCCUGCACCCCCAAGCCAGUAAAACAAAGAGGAAACGCUUAAGCCGUGAACUGUUUGCCAAGAAAUGCAUUGAUGUUCUAACUAGCACCACUACAGUCCCUAGUACAUCAGAAACUGGUGCUACUGGUGCUACUACAAGGCCUACUGGGGGCAGUAGUACAAAUGGCAGUAGCUCAAGCACGUCAGAUGCAAAGGAACACAAAGGAAGCUCUGGCGACGACAGUGUGUUUGGUGAAGCGCGUAUUGUCAUGCUGCCGCGCUCUCGUCGUUCCACAGAGGAGUUCAAGAUGGUGGCCGGCCGUCCCAAGCCCCGAGGGAGUGUCAGGGGCAGCCGUGGGAGGAGGAGUUGCCCCCCAGGCCGGUUCUCUUCUUCUUCCGCCUCUGGUUCCUCUGCUUCUUCCAUGUGUCUCACUAGUCUUCACUCAAGCGACAAGAGAACCGUACUUCCAAUCAUACGUAAACUGCGAGGCUAUCACGUGGUAGAGAACGUGGACCAGCGAACCUCCCAUGUGGUGUGCGGGGAGCCACGGCGAACCCUUAACCUGCUGCUGGGCAUUGCGAGAGGCUGCUGGGUGCUCGAUGUCUCCUGGGUGUACCGCUCCUUGGAGGCCAACACCUGGGCGCCUGAGGAACCCUUUGAGCUGGCGUCCUUUGCUCCCGGUGCUAAGGCAUGUCGGCAGAAACGUGAGGCCCAGGGCAGCUCAUACCAGCACACCCUGUUCUCCAAGGUCGGGGGUGUGUGUGUAUUGGAUGGCAGCUCACCCCACCAGCCCAACUCAAGAAUAAAGGAACUUUUGGAGUUGUGUGGUGCGACUGUGGUGUCCAGCGUGCGUAAUGCCAGGGUGGUGGUGGGCGGUGGUGACAGCAACACUCUGGGUAGAAAGAGACGCAUUCAGGUAACCCAUGUGUCUGAAAAGUGGGUUCUAGAUUCCAUACAGCAUUACAAACUCCAUCCUUUACAAGACUAUAUACUGAGCUAACAUUAGGAAGGUCUGUAAUGUUGUGCCUCAGUGUUUUGUUUGUAUGUGUGUGUUUUUGUAUAUGAAAAUUGGGGUUCUCGAUUCCAUACAGCAUUACAAACUCCAUCCAUUACAAGACUAUUUAAUGAGCUAACACAAAUUUCUGUAAUGUUGUGCCUUAGUGUUGUGUGUGUUGUGUUUAGAUCUUCAUGUUUUAGUGUCGGACAAUUGGGGUUUUGAUUCCAUACAGCAUUACAAACUCCAUUACAAGACAGCAUACUGAGGUAACACUAAGGUCCAUAAUAUUGUGCCUCAGUGUUUACAUAUUUAUAUUUUUUACUGUCUGAAAAUUGGGGUUUUUGAUUCCAUACAGCACUACAAACUCCAUUACAAGACUGUAUACUUAGGUACCACAAAGGGCUGUAAUGUUCUGCCUCAGUAUUUAUGUUUCACUGUUAUCUCAGGCAUAUUUUUGAGUGUAUAGUUGAAGGUACACGAUAUCUUAGUCAUCUCUCACUAUGUUAUGUUCAGGUCACAAGAGCCGGGACUGUGAUUUCACUGUGACCUCUCUUCUCUUCAGUGUUGCCAGAAAGAUAGUAAUGUUUAUCUUAUUCAUGGCUGUCUUGAUUUGAAUUUCUACAUAAUAUCUUUAGUCAUUCAUUAAGUUUUGUUUUGUUCAGGUUAGACUGUGUGUGUGUGUGUGUGUGUGUGUGUGUGUGUGUGUGUGUGUGUGUGUGUGUGUGUGUGUGUGUGUGUGUUAAAACUUGAGUGUUCUAGGAUUUAGUUUGUGUGUGUGUGUGUUUGUGUGUACAUGAGUGUGUGUACAAGAGGUUAUUCAGUAUUAAAUGGUGACUUUUUUGGGUGUAUUUGGUGUAGAGGGUGUGUGAUCCCUCUAGAAGCAUUCAGGGUGUUGGCUAAAGAGAGUCUGAUUUCUUUUGUACUCUUGGUGUUUGGAAUGUUUGUCUUGGUAAGUUUUUAUAGCAUUGAUAAAAGCUGUUAUAUUCCUCAAGGUAAUUUAAGUGGUUGGUUGUCUGUUUAAAGCCAUUUUUCUAUAACUGAUAAAACACACACAUUUUUUUAUAGAAUAUUGAAAAAAAAUUGUUAUAUUUUUUCUAUAACUGAUAAAACAGACAUUUUUUUAUAAUAUUGAUAAAAAAUGUUAUAUUUCUCAAGGUAAUUUAAGUGGUUGGCUGUCUGUUCAAUGCCAUGUUUUCUAUGACCCAUAAAACAGACAUUUUUUUUUAAUAAUAUUGAUAAAAAUUGUUAUAUUUCUCAAGGUAAUUUAAGUGGAUGGCUGUCUGUUCAAAGCCAUUUUUCUAUAACCCAUAAAACAGACAUAUUUUUCUACUCAUAAUUUAAAAGAUUGUUUGACUGUAUUUUUCUCAUUAUCGAUAAAUUGACACAUUUUUUCUACACUGACUCAAAAAUGGCCCUCCACUCCAAGCCAUUGUUAUGACUGACAAACUGACAUUUUUUCCUGGACUAAUUGAAAAGGUUAAGUCAUUUUUAAUUGUGUUCUGUGUUCCGUGUGUUGCCAGUCACUGAGUUAGCCGGGACACAAGCCAUGGAGGGAUUGUGUUCUGUUUGUGUUUAUAGAAUUGCUCAUUUGUUUAGGUGACUUGAAAUAUGUUGUGUUCUUUAUUUUGUAUCAUGUCUUCUCAUCCUCCUGCUUUCAUGUCAAUUUGUCUUGACAUUGCACAGUUUGUUUCUCUCUUUCUCAUUUGUUUUUGUGACUUGAAAAUGUUGUUCUUUCUAUUUUUAUUAUGUCUCCUCCUCCUCCUCCUUCUUCUUCUCCUUUUCCUUCUUCUUUUUCAUGAUAAUUUUGUCUUGACAUUGCACAGUUUGUUUCUUUCUUUCUCAUUUGUUUUUGUGACUUGAAAAUAUUCUUCUUUCUAUUUGUAUUAUGUCUCCUCCUCCUCCUCUUCUUCUUCUUCUUCUUCUUCUUCUUCUUCUUUUUUUUCAUGAUAAUUUUGUCUUGACACUGCACAGUUUCUUUCUUUCUCAUUUGUUUUUGUGACUUGAAAAUGUUGUUCUAUUUUUAUUAUGUCUCCUCCUCCUCCUCCUUUCAUCUUAAUUCUGUCUUAACACUGUACAGUUUCUUCUUCAUUGGGGUAACUUGAAAAUAUUGUGUUCUUUCUAUUUUUAUUAUGUCUUACUACUCCUCCUCCUCCUCCUCCAAUCAUCUUAAUUCUGUCUUAACACUGUACAGUUUCUUUCUCUCUCAUUUGUUUGGAUUGACUUGAAAAUGUGUUCUAUUUUUAUGUCUUACUCCUCCUCCUCCUGUUUUUCAUGAUAAUUUUGUCAAUAACUCUGUACAGCUUCUAUUUGUCACUGCACACUGAUGAAUGUUAACAGCGGCUAUAAAACAAAGAAGAAAUCAGCUCAA